GGGGCGCUGGCCGCCGGCUUCGGCGCCAAGGGCGGCGAGUACUCGCACCUCACCCGCGUCGCCCCCGCCUACGCCAAGAUGGGCGAGAUGCUGCUGGCCCUCUUCCGCCCCCACCAGUGGAGCCGGGCCACGCUGCUCUACAGCGACAGCAACCCCGAGCGCAGCUGCUACUUCGCCAUGGAGGGCGUCCAUGUGGUCUUCCAGGAGGAGGCCUUCCACAUGGCCGUGCACAGCUUCGACGAGAGCAGCCGCCACCUCGACCUCGACGACGUCGUCCGCGCCCUCCAGACCGGCGAGAGGGUUGUAAUCAUGUGUGCCAGCAGUGACACAAUCAGGAACAUCAUGCUGGCUGCUUAUCGGCAAGGAAUGACCAACGGGGACUACGCUUUCUUCAAUAUUGAACUCUUCAACAGCUCAUCAUAUGGAAAUGGCUCUUGGAGAAGAGGAGACAAACAUGACCUUGAAGCCAAGAAGGCAUACUCGUACCUCCAAACCGUCACUCUGCUGAGGACCGUGAAGCCUGAGUUUGAAAAGUUUUCUCUGGAGGUGAAAAGUUCUGUUCAGAAGCAAGGUCUGCACGAGGAUGACUAUGUGAACAUGUUUGUGGAAGGAUUCCAUGAUGCUAUUCUUCUUUAUGCUCUAGCUUUACAGGAAGUCCUGAAGUUUGGUUUCAGUAAGAAAGAUGGGGAAAAAAUUGUUCAGCAAACACGGAACAGAACAUAUGAAGGCAUUGCAGGGCAGGUGUCCAUUGAUGCCAAUGGAGACAGAUACGGGGAUUUCUCUGUGAUUGGAAUGACGGACCCAGAGGCAGGCACACAGGAGGUGAUCGGGGACUACUAUGGAAAGCAGGGGCGUUUUGAAAUUCGAUCAAAUGUGAAAUAUCCUUGGAAUCACGGCAGACUGCGACUAGAUGAAAGCCGAGUUUCAGAGCACACAAACAAUACACCGUGUAAAUCAUGUGGUCUAGGAGAAUCAGCAGUUACAGGAAUAGUUGUGGGCGCCUUGCUUGGAGCAGGAUUGCUAAUGGCUUUUUACUUUUUCAGAAAGAAAUACAGAAUAACUAUUGAGAGACGAACUCGACAGGAGGACUGUAACAUGGGGAAACAUCGGCAGUUACGUGAAGACUCCAUUAGAUCUCAUUUUUCUGCCGCAUAAAGAAGAAGAAAAAGAA